ACAUGAGUACAAUGAAAUAAAGAGAAAGGAUGAAUUACUAAGAAGAUCAUUUGGGGUGGUGGUCCAGCGCCUUAAGUCCCUACAACGCUUUCGUAAAUAUUGACAACACAUACAACAUGGCUGCAGCCCUCACACUAGAAGCUCUUAUACAGAAGUCCACAAGUCCUCUGAAUAUAGAGGAUGACCCAAAUUCCAUCCAGGCAGUGUGUCAGGCUGUCACUUCUGAGUCAGGUGGGGUCCAAACAGCAGUCAGACUCUUGGCUCACAAGAUACAGUCUCCCCAGGAACGAGAGGCUCUGCAGGCACUUUCCGUUCUACAAGCUUGUGUAAAUAACUGUGGUACCACCUUCCAUACUGAGAUUGGUAAAUUUCGCUUUUUGAACGAAAUGAUCAAGUUAGUGUCACCAAAGUACCUUGGGAACCACACCCACACCUUGGUUAAAACAAAGGUUGUGGAGCUCCUCUACACAUGGACCAUUGAUCUGAAGGCAGAACCCAAGAUCUUAGAAGCUUACAACAUGCUUAAAAAACAAGGUGUGGUUAAGGAUGACCCUCAGUAUAUUGGAGCCCCAUGCGUGCCAGAGCCCAGAUCUCGAGCAAAUGCAGUUUUUGAGGAUGAAGAAAAAUCACGUCUUCUACAAAGGCUUCUCCAGAGUAAGAACCCGGAAGACCUUCACAAAGCUAAUGCUCUUAUUAAGUCCAUGGUGAAGGAGGAUGAGAGAAGAAUGGAGCGAACUAGUAGACGGAUAGUAGAGGUUGAGACUGCCAUGAAUAAUGUAAGAGUGCUAGAUGAAAUGCUGUCUCGUCACCAAGAGAGCCCAGCAACCCAAGCUGACUUAGAUUUGAUGUUGGAGCUUCACUCUUCUUGUUCUUCUCUGAGGUCCAAUCUUUAUCGACUUGUCUCAGAAAUGGACGAUAAAGAAGAGGGAAUUGGUGACCUCCUUAAGGCCAAUGAUGAGCUGUCAAGAGUGAUGGGACGGUACAAGCUGAUUAUCGAAGGAACCAAAGUAGAAAACCAAAGUGGUGAAAUAGAGAAUCAACAUCAAAUGGAUGCAGGUGGGGGAGUGGUGACUCAGAAGGAUGGUGAAAUUCUUCUUGAUCUAUCAACACCAGAGGAUGUACCCAGUAACCAGAGCACAGCAAGUCUGGUCAACCAGGAUCUUCAAGACAUUGGUCUAGAUGGUUUGAACCUGGGUCACACAAACCCAGCUCCUGUUGGUGCACCUGCUACUGACAACAGUGCUUCAUUACUAGAUGAUCUUGGAGGCAUUUUCUCUGGCUCAGCUGUGGCAUCAGCUACAGCACCAAACUUGCAACUUGGUCCACCUCUACACACAGCAAUGGCACCAACACUUGUACCCCAGACAUCUCCUGGUACUUCACUUGACAGUAAUCGAGCAGAUGCACAGUCCAAGGAGCGAACUGAUCCUCUAGAUGAAUUAGCAGCCUUGGGUACAUCACUGAUUAAGCAGAAUUUACCAGCCAAUGCUCAAGUUCAGGUCCAGUUUAAACCUGCAGAAAAACUAAGUAUGAACCAGUUGAAACAGCAGCAACAGAGUGUAAAUAUUGCAGCAUCUUCUGUGAAUGUUUCUGCAAGUUUACUGCCCACCAAAAAUACUUCAUCAGGAUCAUUGAACACUCCCCAAUUUCCUGCUGGUGUCUCCUUAGCUACUGGUGCUGGCAGCAAUAGUAUCAGUAGGGACUCUGUGGACUCCUUGCUGAAUAUAGACUUGUUAAGUGGAGAUAUUGGUGUUGGUAUAAUACCUGAUGAAACAAAAAUUAGUAUCACCACUACUAUAGACAAAGUAAAGCCUCUAGAUGACAGUAAUCUCUUAGAUAGUCAUGAUGAUAGUUUAUUAGAAGCACCUUCUCCUAACACCAGUGUGGAAAUAACAAAUACUAAAAAGCAGUCUCAAGAAAAUAAAAAAAAUGUUUGUGAAGACUCUGAAAGAAGAACAAAUUCUAUCUCAAAUGCCCAGUUUAUGGAAGUGAAGCCCAUGACUGAUAUUAAAGUUACCUUAGAAAGUAUAAAACCAGGGAGACAAGGAUCGGUCAUUGUUAUGGACAGCAACGAUGUUAGUGUUACACUUCACUUUACGGAAAAUCAGCCCCGGGAUGAUGUUUCUGUUGUGGUCGUCUCGACGGUAUCUCGCAAUUUACAACCCAUAUCUAAUUAUGUUCUGCAAGCUGUUGUUCCUAAGGGAUGUAAGGUACGAUUACAACCUCCCUCCUCAACUGACUUAGCAGCGUAUAGCCCGUUCCUUCCUCCACCUGCCAUUACACAAAUUAUGCUCAUUGCUAAUCCAAAUAAAUUGAAUGUGUCCCUGAAGGUCAUGCUCAGCUACAGUUUGGAAGAAGAUCCAGUUACAGAGAUGGGAGAAGUGGCAAGUCUUCCUCUAUAGGUGUUACUGUAAAAACUAGACUUUAUUCUAUAUUCCCUAAUAAUGUGUGGACAGACACCCCACGCAUGCCCAACCCUGUGGUAAACUGUAGCUCCAGUGGGGAUGUAAUUUUACC